AAUUAUCCCUCUAGUCUCGCGAGGGCUGACUGCUCGCGCCGCCUCUCUUUGAGCGGGACUGGGAGCGAGGGAGGCUUUGAGUGAAACUGGCUCUGCUUCGAACAGAGGCCAUCGCAGAGCAGGGAAAAUGCUGCCGCAGAGGAUGAAGAAGGCCAUCGCCGACAACCCGAAGAAGGUCGCUAACCUGAUCGACCUCGUGAAUCUGCCUUCGACCGUGCGCGAGUUCGUGGGUCAGUCCCAAAUCUCCCGUCUCGGCUGCUUCAUGCGCGUCUGGUCUUACAUCAAGUCCAACAACCUCCAGGAUCCUAACAACAAGAAUGUGGUGAACUGUGACGAGAAGUUGAAAAGGAUAUUGUUAGGCAAGCCACAAGUUGAACUCACUGAGCUUCCAGCCUUGAUCAAAUUGCACUUUCCGAAAGAGCCCAAAUGAGUCCUCGAGGUUUAUUCUAAAGAUCCAUAUUGAUGCCGUGUAUAAUCAAUCGGCUCCUCUGUGGGCAUUUUCCAUUUCAUUUUGUCACUGCUAUUUAUGCAUGCAUGAUGAAGUGGCUAUCUCUUUCAUGUGGCUUGAGUUUGAGCAUCUGGAAACUGAAGUUCCCUCACAAUUGGGUGGAACUUUUGUUUUUAUAGCUUAGCUUUACUGAAUAUAAUGGCCCAGUGCAGAAAUGUGCUCUUUGAAGAGGUGGUUUUUGUGUCUCUGCAAAGAUUCUCAUAUAUUUGUUAUGAACCUCCUCGUUAAGUCUCUACUACCUAUUACUUGGGAUUUACAAAAAAAGAUAAGUAUAAAGCUGCAAUGUGCACAGGGUUCGAAA